GUACUUGCAGACCACGUGGCAGGCUAGAAUCAGAAAUCAGUCCAAAAGAGAAUCGAGAUUUAUACAGCAGCUAGCUAUACUAGCUAAACUUCUAUUCUUUACCAGUUAAACACAGCAUGGGGCGUGGUGGACGACACUCUGGGAGACGUAAAGGAGGUAGAAAAGUUGUGAAGAAGAGACGUCAUGUGACACCAGCCCCCCUCCCCCAAGCACCAAACAAGAGACCACCCCCCCACGCUACUCGUACCCUCUCCAGUGAUGAGGAGGAUGAUCCCACGGACUAUGACCUCUUACUAGGUGUACUCGGUCCAAUGGCAAAACGGCCCAAGACAGAGGAUGCCAAGAAGACACGAAAGGAGUUAAGUACAUCGUUAUCGAAUAGAAGAGAGAGUGUGGAAAGUGAUGCUAGUGAUGGCGUGGACAGUGAUGGUGUGGAUAGUGAUGGUGUGGGCAGUAAUGGUGUGGGCGGUGCUAGUGAUGGUGUGGAGAGUGACGCUGACGAUCCUGGGGAUGAUAGUGAGGCUUGUGAUGAUGUGGAGAGUGUGGAGGGUGAUGGUUGUGAUGAUGUGGAGAGUGAUGGUUGUGAAGGUGCAGAGACUACCAACAUUGAUCCAUUCAAGGUUCACUUUGAGCAACUCCUGACUGACCAGCAAGUGGAGCAGCUAGCUCAGAACCACCCUCCCUCCUACACACAGUCUGACGACACAUUACUAGGAGCGGUGGAGGUAGCCAAUCCAUUGCCAGAGAGAGCCAGUGUUAUUGGAGUCCCUGGAAAUGAGCAACUAUUUCUGAAGCAACAGUUGAAGCAGCAUCACAGCCUUGUCACAUCACCACGGUUACAACAGAGCAUGUUCAAUAUCUUGAACAGUUAUAAGGACCUGUUGUUCAUGAGACGUACGUUUGAGAAUGGAGAAGAGAUUAGAAGAACUUACCUCCUCCACGCACUCAACCACGUACUGAAGACACGAUCUAGAGUUCUCAAAAACAAAGCACGACUGGUGCAAGCAGCAAAGACCAACAAAGUCAUUGAUGACGUUGGUGAUCAGGGGCUUACUCGUCCCAAGGUUUUGAUUCUGCUCCCAUUUCGUGAAUGUGCCCUACGCACAAUCAACACACUAGUGGAGUUACUGCUGCCUCAGGGGGAGGGGGUGGUCAGUCAUAAGAAGAGAUUUCAGGAGGAGUUCAGUGAAGAGGCACACCUGCCGUCAAAGAUCAAGAAACCGAAAUCUUAUGAAGAGAUGUUUGCUGGUAAUAUUGACGAUUGUUUCCGAGUGGGUGUGUCCAUAAAGAGGAACCUUGUGAGACUGUACUCUGAGUUCUACUCAUCAGACAUCAUCCUUGCCUCCCCCCUCGGCCUGCGCACCAUCCUAGGGGCAGACGGGGAGAAGACGAGAGACUAUGAUUUCCUGUCCUCCAUUGAGCUGUUGAUAGUGGACCAAUGUGAUGUGUUCCUCAUGCAAAACUGGGACCAUCUCUUGCACAUCUUCGCCCAUCUCCACCUGACCCCCAGAGAGGCUCACGGUGCGGACAUAUCUCGUCUGCGUGAGUGGGCGGUGAACGAGUGGGGCAAGUACUAUCGUCAGACGCUCGUCUUCAGCAGCUUCUUCACUCCCGAGAUCAACGCUCUCUUCAACAACUACUGUCACAACUAUGCUGGUCGUGUGCGUGUGGGGGAGGGGCCUGGUGACGGCUGUGUGAGUCAGGUGGUGGUCCAAGCUCCACAAGUCUUCCACAGAGUGCACUGCCUCUCUCACAAGGAACUGCCCGAGGCAAGACUGACUUACUUUGUUGAGAAGAUUCUCCCUGAUUUCUGUGGAGAGCUCACUAAACAGACGGCCAUUUUCGUGCCUUCCUAUUUUGACUUUGUGCGUGUGCGUAACCACAUGAAAAGGGCGGAGCUUUCCCAUUGCCUGCUCUCAGAGUACACUAAGACCUCUCAAGUAUCUCGCUGCAGGACUGAAUUCUACCAUAAGCAGAAACACUUCCUCCUCUACACAGAGAGACUGCACUUUUUUAGGAGGUACCAUCUCCGAGGGAUUCAUCAUCUCAUCUUUUAUUCCCUCCCUCUCUACGCCGAGUUCUAUCCGGAGCUAGUCAAUAUGUUGGAGGAGGCGGGGCAGAUGGGCGGAGUCACGUGCACAGUCCUCUACUCACGCUACGAACUGCACAUGCUCAGUAGAAUAGUGGGCAACGUCAGAGCUCGCAAGAUGUUGGAAUCAAACGAUAAUGUCCAUAUGAUUGUUAUGGGGACUUGAUGGACUCAGUCUCAAUAUUUUUAUUGUUCGGCUGUACAGCUGUUUGCAUAGA